UGCAGAGAACCUGCGGAUGCCUGCGUCAAGGCGUGCAGAUUUCGCUUGUUUAUCUAAAAACUGUUUUUCUUUUUAUUGGAAUGUGUAUCUUUUUGCGUUGGAGCUAUAUUCGCCGUGAGAUUACCGAGAUACUUCCUUAAUGCUCACAACAUCAAGGGGACAAUAUAAACACUACAAAUCAGGAGAACUGAUAUCUUAUUAUUUUUAAAGCAAACGGUGUUAUUGUGAGCUUGUUUAUAACAAGAUGAAAUUCUUUUGAGGAAGAAUACAGGAAAGCGAUUGUCAGAAAAGGGGGGAGAAAGAAAUGUAGUGAGACUGAAAAGGGACUACAUUUUUAGAGAUGUUUUUUACAUGUAUCAUCAUUUUUGUGAUAUUUCAUGGUAGUUCUACUGUAGUGUGAUAACAGGGACCAAUUCAAAAGGAAGAUUUCUUUCGAAUUCCAUCAUUACAUAUCGCCGUUAUUAAGCACAGAGACGCUAAAAUUCAGAACCUUGGACAGUGGCCGACGUACGCCGCCAUCGAAGCAACAAAAUCAACGCUGUCGGAUUUAAAACCUCAAGAUAAAAUAAUAGCAGCAAACCUUUGUCGGACUAUUUUGGAUUGUAUAUGAAACCUUAACCUCUUUGAAAACCAGUCAUCCCAGGGGACCUGUUGACAGGUUUUGUGUGCCUGAGUAGAGCUGGCCCUUGGAGUCGGAGUCACUUUGAGGUGGACUCUCUCUUCUGUCCUCCCCUAACCCAGAGAGGCUAACACACCUGCCCGCCCUCUACUCCCUCCCCCUGCCGGCACCAUGGGCACUGUGCUGUCUCUCUCCCCCAGCUACAGGAAGGCUGCGCUCUUCGAGGAUGGGCCAGCCACGGUGGGACACUACACAGCCGUGCAGAACAGCAAGAACGCCAAGGACAAGAACCUCAAGCGGAACUCACUCAUCAACGUGCUGCCAUGGAAGCGCAUUGUGGCCGUCUCGGCCAAGAAGAAAGGUUCCAAGAAGGUGCAGCCCAACGGCGCUUACCAGAGCAACGUCACGCAUCUCAACAACGAGAACCUGAAAAAGUCGCAGUCGUGCGCCAACCUCUCCACCUUCGCCCAGGACUCUGCUGCACCCACGCUCUCAGGCUCUAAGACCUCAGGCAAUGUCGCCUCCUCUGCUAAGAAGGCGCCCCUGGGAGGCUCAACUGCUGCCCCUGGAACGCCCAAACGGGUGAUUGUGCAGGCAUCCACCAGCGAGCUCCUACGUUGCCUGGGUGAGUUUCUCUGCCGGCGAUGCUACCGACUCAAGCACCUGUCACCCACCGACCCUGUCCUGUGGCUCCGCAGUGUGGACCGUUCCCUGCUCCUCCAGGGUUGGCAGGACCAGGGCUUCAUCACUCCAGCCAAUGUGGUCUUUGUCUACAUGCUGUGCCGUGACGUGGUCUCCUCCGAGGUGGCCACUGAGCAUGAGUUGCAGGCUGUGCUGCUCACUUGCCUCUACCUGUCCUAUUCUUACAUGGGCAAUGAGAUCUCCUACCCACUCAAGCCCUUCCUGGUGGAGAGCUCCAAGGAAGCCUUCUGGGACCGCUGCCUGUCCAUCAUCAACUUGAUGAGUGCCAAGAUGCUGCAGAUCAAUUCUGACCCACACUACUUCACCCAGGUCUUUGCUGACCUCAAGAAUGAGAGCCAGAAGGAGGAAGAGAGGAGCCGCUUGCUCAUUGGGCUGGACCGGUGAGGGGCGGGGGGUGGACAGUGGCCAGCAGUGGACCACUGGCAGGGCAGUGGUCUGCUCUUGUUUGGCAUUUCUCAAAGAGGGUCUACGGCAGGUGUGUUUACAUUGUUACCUAGCUCUCCAAAAUUCAAACACCAUACCACGAAGGGGCAUUCACAAAACCUUGGUGGGAGUAUGACAUUGAACCAUUGAAGCAAGAAAUCCCCUGAAUAAAAAAGGUAGUACUUGGUAUUAUAAAAACAACACUUAACCAGUUAUCUGGUGUGGCUAAGUCACUCAGAGUACCCUGUUUCCCUUUUUUCUCUUUAUUAACAAGAGGUAAAAACAGAUUGUAUAUAUGUAAAUGACCUAUCAUGGGCUGUAGGGUGCGAUAGCUGGGCAGGCUAAGUGAUAGGGCUGUCGCCUUGCUGUCAAUACUGCAGGUGCACAGAGGCUGAGGUCUAGUCUGAAAUAAAGCAGCCUUCAAAACUGUAAACCGAUCUGAGGAAUUUACUUGAGAGGCAAAUCAAUUUAAUAGCUAUGAAGUUUGUCUUCAUCAAAGGAUUGGUGUUCACUCCCAGGUCAGAGGUUCAAGUAUUACUAACAGCAGAGAAAGAGAAAACAACAGUAACCCAGUAAUACUGGAACAGCUGGUGUGCUUUCCACAGCACCGAGGUUGUGAAUGAGAGCUUUGGGCCACACACUAAUAGAAAUGCUAGACUGGAGCACACCCUCUGCAUCUGAUAUACAUACACACAUUACAUAUGUGUGUGUUUGUAUAUAUACAUAUAUACAUAAAAUAUACUGA